CGAAGCCUUUAAACUAGAACCAGUCCUGUGUUGGUGGUUUUUGUGUGAAAAUGGGUAGUAAUAACGUCAAUUCGGUUAUUGUAGUGGGCGGUGGUUUGGUUGGUUCUUUGUGUGCUAUUUUUAUGGCAAAGAGGGGCUACCAUGUUACACUUUUUGAGUAUCGGGAAGAUAUUAGGACGGCAAAGUUUGCUCGUGGCCGUUCGAUAAAUAUGGCUUUGUCGAACCGUGGCAGAAAAGCGCUACGUGCUGUUGGAAUAGAAAAAAUAAUUCUUGAAUCGGCGAUUCCUAUGAAAGGGCGGCUUUUACACGACUUGAAGGGGCGAACCACUAGUGUACCAUACGAUGCUUUAACGGGACAAUGUAUUUAUUCGAUCAGCAGAAAUUACUUAAAUAACGUGCUGUUAACCGAAUUAGAGAAGUACCCAAAUGUGAAAAUUUAUUUCAAUCAUAAAUUAAUGAGUGUGAGCUUUGAGGAUGAGAGAAUUUCGGUCAUGAAUUUGAUAACUGAAGAAAUUACGACCCACCAAGCCGAUUUAAUAAUAGGGGCCGAUGGGGCCUACAGUACCCUUCGGCGUUACAUGCAGCUGACCCCUCUUUUUGAGUACAGCCAAACCUACAUCCAACACGGGUACCUCGAGUUGGUCAUCCCUCCCGAAAACGGGCCCAAAAUGACCCCCAAUCAUCUACACAUCUGGCCCCGGGGCCAAUUCAUGAUGAUUGCGUUACCCAACAAGGACAAUUCCUGGACUGUCACCCUGUUUAUGCCUUUUGCUAAAUUCGAAAGUUUGAGAAAUGCUGCAGAAUUGAAAGAUUUUUACUACAAGACUUUCCCCGACGCUGUCCCCCUCAUCGGUGAGGAUCUCCUCGUGAACGAUUUUUUUAAAGUGAAGCCAUCGGCUCUGGUCUCGGUCAAGUGUAAACCGUACCAUGUGGGGAGCAAAUUUCUGCUGAUUGGGGACGCGGCACAUGCCAUGGUACCCUUUUAUGGGCAGGGGAUGAAUGCAGGGUUUGAGGAUUGUUUCCUUUUGGACGGCAUUCUAGAAAGGAGGAGUAACGACAUCGCGGGGUCUAUUGAGGAGUUCAGUAGGGAACGGGUUGAGGAUGCUUAUGCUAUUUGCGAGUUGGCGAUGUAUAAUUACGUGGAAAUGAGGGAUCUUGUGACUAGGCCUUCGUACCGUUUGAGAAAAUUUUUCGAUGAAUUGCUUUUUAAGUGUAUGAAGGAGAAGUGGAUUCCGUUGUACAAUUCGGUGACUUUUUCGAAUUUCGGGUACAAGCAGUGUGUGGAAAACAGGAAGUGGCAAAACAAGGUUAUUCAAAAAUUUCUCUGGACGGGUGGCUUGGUAACUAGCGCUUUGUUUGCAUAUGGAUUACGGAUUUGGUUGUAUUAAAAUAUUUGCGUUUUUUAUCAGUUUAAUUUAUUG